UUAAGUUCAGCUCCCCAGAAGAGGAAAAAACAAGUAAAUGGUCAGAAACCAGAAACCUUCACUUAUUCACGCACAAAAUUCUAUGCAUCUUUCCGCCUCAUGACCAAACAGCCCCACUUGCUAUAAUUAAAUACAAGUAAAGUCCGCAAUUUUACUUUAAUAGUUUUUUACACCACAAAAAUUCACAGAAUAUUACAAAUACAUCCAUUUUCUCCUUCCUCUUUCUUAGUGUGAGAAAAUUUAGAGAGAGAGAGAGAGAGAAAAGUGUUUUUGAGCUGAAAAACUGCACGGUUACAGUGUAAUGGCAGUUGUGAAUUGAACAUUUUUAUAUAGGGAAAUGUCUGGUAGACGAUCGAGUUAUACUUUGUUGAAUCAAAUUUCUGAUGAUAAUAUUUUCCAGCCGCCGGCGCCGAAGUUCUUCGCCGGAGCUGGUGUAACGCCGCACUUCGAGUCUAAUUCCGGUGAGAGGAACAGAGGUAAAGGUGAUAUAGUAUUUGAUUGGGACUUGAUUGAUCACAGCAUGAUGCAAUCACAGAGUCGGGUCGGAUCAUUCCCGGUACCCGGUUCGAUCGGGUCGCAGAGGCAAUCAAGCGACGGUAGCUUCGGUGGUAGCUGGCUCUCUGGGGAGAACUUCACGGAGACCUCCUUUGGGCAUAAGAAUGACGGCUGCGGCUCGUCGGCGGCAAGGAGCUGGGCGCUGCAGAUGGAGGAGAGUUAUCAGCUGCAGUUAGCGUUGGCAAUAAGGCUCUCUUCAGAAGCAACAUGUGCUGAUUGUCCAAACUUUUUGGAUCCUGCGACUGAUGUAUUGGCGUCCCGAGAUUCAGAUUCUUCUGUAUCAGCGGAAACAAUGUCACAUCGAUUGUGGAUAAAUGGAUGUUUGUCGUACUUUGACAAAGUCCCUGAUGGAUUUUAUUGGAUUUAUGGGAUGGAUCCAUAUGUUUGGGCUCUCUGCUCAAUUCUGCAAGAAAGUGGUGGUAUUCCAUCAAUUGAAUCAUUGAAGGCAGUUGAUCCCUCUAAAGCACCAUCUGUUGAAGUGAUUUUAAUUGAUCGGUGUAAUGAUCUCAGCUUGAAGGAGCUGCAGAAUAGAAUUCAUAGCAUAUCCCCUAGUUGCAUCACCACAAAAGAAGCUGUUGAUCAGCUUGCCAAGCUGGUUUGCGAUCAUAUGGGGGGUGCAGCUCCAGCUGGAGAAGCGGACUUGGUUUCCAUGUCAAAGGAGUGCAGUGAUGACCUGAAGGAUUGUCUUGGAUCUAUCGUGCUUCCCAUUGGUAGCCUUUCUGUUGGGCUUUGCAGGCAUCGAGCUUUGCUUUUUAAAGUGCUAGCUGACAUCAUUGAUUUACCAUGUCGAAUUGCCAAGGGAUGUAAAUAUUGUAAUAGCUCCGAUGCUUCCUCAUGUCUAGUUCGAUUUGGACUUGACAGGGAGUACCUGGUUGAUUUGAUCGGUAAGCCCGGAGUUUUAAGCGAACCGGAUUCCUUGCUGAAUGGUCCAUCUUCCAUCUCAAUUUCUUCACCUUUGAGCUUUUCAAGAUACAGACAAGUUGAACCUACAAUUGAUUUCAGGUCACUGGCCAAACAGUAUUUCUUGGAUAGUCAAUCACUUAAUCUACUCUUUGAUGAUUCUCCAGCUGAAGCUGCAGCUGAUGGAGAUACAGGACAAUCAGACAGAAGUUGCAUAGACAGAAACAAUGCAGUCUCUAGUUCAAGUAAUCAUGAUGAAAUUUCUCAGUUACCUCUGCCUCCAUUAAAUGCAUGGAAAAAAGGAAGAGAUAAAGAAUCUCAACUUUCUAAAAUGUAUAAUCCUCCAAGAAUUUUAAACCCAGUGAACAUGGACAAGGACCUGGUUCUUGUGAAACAUGUCCCUCCAAUACGGGAAGAUGCUCCACCACUGAUGGCAAGAGCAGAUACAGUAAAAGAUACUAGGUUUCUUGGUGAAGGAGGUCAUGUCAUUUCUGCUAUACCAAGUGAAGAACUUGCUCUCGAUGUAGAAGAGUUCAAUAUUCCAUGGAAUGAUCUGGUUUUGAGGGAGAAAAUUGGGGCAGGGUCUUUUGGUACUGUUCACCGCGGUGAUUGGCAUGGCUCUGAUGUUGCCGUGAAGAUUCUCAUGGAACAAGAUUUUCAUGCGGAGCGAUUCAAGGAAUUUUUGAGGGAGGUUGCAAUUAUGAAGCGGUUGCGACAUCCAAAUAUUGUACUUUUUAUGGGUGCUGUCAUUCAGCCACCAAAUUUGUCCAUAGUCACAGAAUAUUUAUCGAGAGGUAGCUUAUUUAGACUUCUUCAUAAACCUGGUGCCAGAGAGGUGUUGGAUGAAAGGAAGCGGCUGUGUAUGGCUUACGAUGUGGCAAAUGGGAUGAAUUAUCUUCACAAACGCAAUCCUCCCAUUGUGCACAGAGAUUUAAAAUCUCCAAAUCUUCUUGUGGACAAAAAAUAUACAGUGAAGACUUGGCUGUCAGAGUACUCAAAUCUGAAGGAAGCAUCAUUCUGGAUAGGGCAUUUUUUUUCCAUUUGAGAGGCGUCUUCAAUGCCAACUUCCUCAGACAUUUGCCCAAGGGUCAAGAGAAACAUAUAGAAAUCGUAGUUUAAGAGUCUUUCUAACUAAUCAAACUUGCUGAAGAACAUAAAGCAAGUGGUGAACCUGCAAGUAUUUAUCAGCUUUCUCUGAUGAGAGUUAACUUUGCAUUCCAUGAAAUGGAUUAAUUUCCGAUAAGAGGGGAUAUAUCUUGAAAAUUCUGCAUAAAGGGAAAAAUCAUUAUACCUUAUGAAAAGGAAGUCGGACUUCUUACGGUAAGGCCAAUGCACCGGCCAGGGCUUAGCCCGCUCGCCUAUCAAUCAAAGAGGUUGCUGCAUUGCAUAGAGGUCGCUAAGAUUGCUGGUAAGACUUUGAUUGAUAGGCGGGCGGGCUAAGCCCCCUACUGUCGUCUCGUCCCCGCUGCAUCGAAGAGUACCUAUGCACUAUGUUCCGGUUCACUGAUAAGGAAGAUAGCGUUGGGGUGGGAAAGACCACUUAGCGCAGUGGAAUAGGAAAGAGAGCGUGGAGCACAACUUUCGUGUCACCAGAAAUCCUUUUUCGUUUAUUGGGAAGGAUCAUGGGUUUCUCCCAACAUACAUAUCCGGGGGUGCAACUGUUUAGUACGCAAGGAUUGGAACGGGCGGAUCCCGGUCCAUAAUCUUUCUUUGCGAUCUUCUAGAUAUAUGCCAAUCUCUAGAGUGCUUUUUUCAACUGCCAUGAAUCCAGCAUAUUUCAAGAAAUUGAGGAGUCAAUAUGAGAAGGAAGAAUCUAUUUCUUGUUUAGUUUGUCAUUCAAAUUUUCUUCUUAUGUUUUUCCAUGACAUGUCUUCUCCUCUUUUUCAAUCUCUUGGUGUAUUAGUUUCUUUCUUAACAGGAAAUAUUUAGGGUAGAUGUGUCUCCUCUUACUCUGGAAACAUGUGUCUGGUCCUCUUCCUUUUAAUCAACUUGGACCAUCGAGGGAAAGAAAUAAUUUCUUGAUCCUUCAAUUUGACUUUUUUAACACAACCGAAAAAGAUUUUUAAAAGAAAACUCAAAAGCUCUUGAGAUCUGAUUGAGAAUUUGCUUGAGAAAGAGUAGGCGUUUUGGAAUGUCCGUAACUUUUAAGAAGGCUCUGUCCUUUAUAGCUCAGCAGUAUCUGUAAUGUAGUGUGACUGUGUCUUAUAUUACCCUGAGUUUAGUUGUGAUUGAUGCUUAACGAUGAGAAAUAUAUUGCAUUAUAAUUUACUCUCGAGUUUGGCCAGAAUAUGGAUAUUAUAUGAAGCUAUUCUUUCUCUUUGUUCAGUAAAAGUUACUAAAUGUUCUCUCUUGUCUAAUGUCUU